CAAAAGUCAUGGCAGAUGGUGUUGGAUACCUUAAUGAUGUCUCAAACUACCAAAUCGUUUGCAUGGAAGGGGCAAAACCAGGGGCGAGGAAUGAAAAAAAUAGGCUUCAGAAUGAAGACAAGUAUACACAGGCCUUCGAGUAUAUGGUGCAACUGCUUGUAAAACUGAACUCUCCCUUACAAUGCUUGAUUUUUGUG